UUAGGCCUUCAGAAGUCACAUCGCCAUCAUGGCCAAUGCCAACACCUUCAAGCCAUUCAAGAUCUUCACCCCCAACGGCAUCCUUGGCUAUGGCUACAACGAGCAUGAGUUCUGGUCCGCCGUCGACCAUCCAGAUCCGCCAGCUGCCAUCAUUCUCGAUGCAGGCUCGACGGAUCCAGGACCGUACCUGCUCGGCACGGGAAAGACGUUGUGCUCACGAGACUCCUACAUCCGUGACCUGAAGCCAAUUCUUGAAGCGUGUGCCACGCGAAAUAUCAAAUUUCUUGUCAGCUCUGCUGGCGGCGCUGGAACGAACUCGCAAGUCGACUUCACACUCGAGCUCAUCACCGAAGUUGCAGUCAACAACAACUGGUCCUUUGGUGUUGCUGCUAUCAAGUUUCAAGAGGACCGCGACGCCAUUCUGCAGAACCUACGCGUCGGGAACAUCAAGCCGUGCAGCUCUGCACCUCCUCUCUGCGAGCAUGACGUGCAGAACGCAUGUUGUGUCGUUGCGCAGAUGGGGCCCGAGCCCUUCAUGAACGCUCUCUCCAACCCUUCCGUCGACAUCAUCGUGGCAGGACGCUCCUACGAUCCUGCUCCUUUCAUUGCCUUCUGUCUGCAUCGUGGAGUUGAACAAGCGACUGCUUGGCAUGUUGGCAAGAUCAUCGAGUGCGGCGCGCUUUGUGCAGUUCCCAAGGGUCGAUCAAUCGUUGCCACCAUGUACCAAGACUGCUUCGACCUCACGCCUACAGAGCCUUCUCAGCGUUGUACACCCGUUUCAGUCGCAGCGCAUACAUUGUACGAGAAGACACGUCCCGACCAGCUUCCAGGCCCAGGUGGAGUCCUGCAUCUUGAUGAGUGCACCUAUCAAGCUCUUCCUGAUCAGCGCACUGUGCGGGUACGAGGAAGUCGAUUCGUGCCAUCAGAGCACUAUGAAAUCAAGCUAGAAGGCGUCGAGCACAUCGGAUAUCGAACGGUCUACAUUGGAGGCAUUCGGGAUCCCAUCCUGAUAGCUAACAUUGAUGACUUCCUUGUUUCUGUCAAGGCAUUCACCGCCGACGCAUUCCCCGACAUGAAGGAGCCGGGGGGCCCACAAAUCGCAUUCCAUCUCUACGGAAAGAACGCAGUCAUGGGUGCUUGGGAGACCGAGGUCCACGAGGUCCACGAGAUUGGGGUCCUGGCGGAAGUGGUGGCCGCGACCCAGCAUGCAGCUGAUGCUGUCGCGAGCUAUUCACGAACCAUGCUGCUUCACGGCUCAUACGAAGGCCAGCUUGCGACUGCUGGUAACGUUGCUUUCCCGCUGACUCCACUUGAGACCCCCAUAGGCCCGGUCUUCAAGUUCAGUCUGUACCAUUUGAUGAAAGUGAGCGACCCGUUGAAAUUCUUUCCCGCGCAGAUCCUUGAAGUUGGAGCCAAAGGCGUGACAUCUCCAAAGACUCCUGUCCGGAGACCAGUAAUGCCUUUGAGGCACACCGAGGCAAUGGAAGGUACGUAUGAGAUAUUUGCCAAAGUGAAUGAUCUCGUUGCACAUACGAGAUCUGUCUUGAUGCUGACGUGUGAUCUAGAAGUUGCCGCGGCACCUCCACGACCAGGCCCGCUGUACAUUCAAGAUUUGGCAAAGGUCGUGCGCUCUAAGAAUUCAGGGCCUUUCGAAAUCACUCUGGACAUUCUCUUCGCCAGCAAACAAGCUUUUGAGCGUGUCAAGAAAGCUGACGUGCUGACUGCAUCGACGAUACGCAUGCUAUACAAUUUACAGUCAGCAGAUGGUAUCGUUAUUCUGAUGUUUUUCGAGCCUGCUUUGGCCUGGAAAUGCACAUUCAAGCGGCCUUGGCCACAAGGAUCAGUGGGCGAAAGAGAUACCUUCGGCGCGCAGCUGCACGCUCCAUUGCUCUCGAUCUUGGUGGAAGAUUUUGAUGCCAAUGGCCACUUGCCCUCACCACCAUCAAGCGCGAGUUCGUGA